AUGGCAAAACGUCAGCCAAUAUCCACUACUAUCAAAUGGUGCCAAAAAGAAGCUUCCCCUUUUGUCGAUGGCUUACAAAUGAUAGCCAGAAGCCAACUUGGUUAUGAAGGAAGAAAAAUUGAGCGUCGCAUACGACGCAAAGCGCUUCAAACAGUCGUUAUGGGAGGAACAGUCGUCGAUCCUCUCCACCCUCCAUCCAUUCCUUCAUCAUCUUUCUCGUCGCGCUCUAACGGAAUUCCAACAAAAUAUCUCCCUGAAAUUGCAAAAAAUACCACUGAGCUCCUAGAACGCGCAAACGUCAUUGCAGCUGGUGUCAGGACGUUUGCCGGUCUCGUUUCUCAAGGAAAAUACCCUGGCUCUGGCGGAUACACCAUAGACGAAAAAGGGGAAAGAGUGUAUGGGUCUUCAUCCCCUCUGUCUUUGCCGACCAACGUUUUAUCCAACUUGACGAAAGUGUCUGAUCUGAUAGGUAAAGGUCUGGUGGCAAUACCGAAUUCGCAAAUGCCCAAUCUUUUGAAACUCGGCUUGUGGGCCUUGCAAAAAGAAGGGAAACAUGAGCCGGCGCUCCCCGCAGAAAACGGUUUCAGCUCAUUUCGACAGAGCAAGAAAGCGGCUGUACUAGUUGAUCCUCAAGAAAUCGAACUCCAAGACAUUGAAGACCAUAAUCAAAUGGGUGCCACCAAAGACAUGCACGCCGUUGGCAGUCAUCCGCUAGAUGAGUCGCUGUCCAAGGAAGAGGCAGAUUUUCUCAUCGAAGCCGCCAAGUCCGUCGACGCUGAAAAGGAGAUUAUUCCCACGACCAAAUCUCAAGACCUACUUCCCGGCUCUACUACAACAGCAGGAGUUCCUCUAUCCACUUCUCAGGAAAAGCUUCCAACACCCACAGGCGGGCAAAUGCCUAAAGUAAAAGAUGUUCAAGAACGUGGGAGCUCUUUUUUUUUCAGAGAACCGUUUAUCGUCCCAAGCUGCCGCAACAUUUCGACGUUAAAAUUGACGAUGCAAGCUUGAAUUCGCUUUCGAAAAGCAAAGAAAGAGCAGUCCCUUCUUCUCGAAUAGGAAGGUAUGCUAUAUUUUUCAAAAAAGCAUCUUUUUCGCGUUUUGAGAAUUUCGGUUUUUUGUUCCUGUCUAUGGUUUGAAUAUCUUGCUCUUAUUAAGAAAUAUUCACUAAACAAGGUAAUAUUAAAGAUUGGCGACAUUCGGACAGUUGGCCAUCGGCCUUGCGACUGGGGCCGCCGCUGAACUGACGAGAAGAACUUUCAACGUUGGACAGAAGGUGGCCGACAACCCGACGACGCCGAAAAAUCCAUUCCUCUCUUCAUCCAACGCCGACCGGAUAGUCGCCACUCUUUGCAGGGUUUCGCAAACAAUGUUUUCGAACUUUCUUUUUUUUCAGGUCAGAGGGGCGGCUUUGAAAAUCGGGCAGAUGAUUUCUUUACAAGAUAGCUCCACAGUACCACCGGCGUUGCUCGAGAUCUUCGAAAGAGUUCGUCAGAGCGCUGAUUUCAUGCCCAUCAAACAGGUUCUUUCUUCAUUCUCAUUCACCUUUAUAUAGAGUUUAGUUAAACCGGCAAAUGGCUUCUUCAUUCGGAGAUAAUUGGAGGGAAAACUUUGAAAGCUUUGAAGACCGCCCGUUUGCCGCCGCUUCUAUCGGACAAGUUCAUCGAGCUGUUCUGAAAGAUGGAAGACCAGUUGCUGUCAAGGUACAGUAUCCAGGUGUCGCCGAUGGUUUUUUGUUUUUUUAUUUCGCUGAUUUAAUCGAUCUUUUUGAGGAAUCGAUUCUGAUAUUAACAACCUGAUGUCUGUAUUGAAUGUUGGCGGUCUUUUUCCGAAGGGGAUGUUUUUGGAAUCUUUUAUCAAGGUAGGAGUUCAAAGUUGAAUAUUCGCCUAUUUCAAUAAAGUUGCGCCGAAAGCUAGUUUAUUUUUUUUUACUGUGGCGUCGUUGUGCCUAUCCUUUUUCUGUGAAUUUAAGUUCGAAGAUCCGACAGUCAAUUCUCAAUAAUACAGAUUUUCAUCUCAAAGAAGCAAAAAAGAACAUUUUCUUAGAAAAUGAAAUAUUUAAUUCUUUUUUUUCUGUAGUUUAUAAGUGAAACAUAAUGGACCCCAAGAAACUUUCACAAAUGAAUUGGUCAAGGAUAUCGCGAUCGUACUGGGAGUAUAUCGGAGGGUCUGAAGACUGACCAUCAUCACUAAGAAUAUCUGCCGAGAUAAACGCGAGACGCUGGCGGCACAUUGACGAGCUCGCAAACAUCUCGCGUUUUUUCUCGCGCCGGUCUCGCAUUUUUCUGGUCGCGAACUCGCAUUUUUCUCGGCGCGACCUCGCAUUUCGGAAAUUUUCAGAUUGCGAGAGAAAUGCGAGCUCGUGCCUAGGAAAGUGCGACAUUUUUGCAAGUUCGUAAAUGUACCGCCACCGACCUCGCGUUUAUCUCGUCAGUUAUUCUUAGUGAUACUACGAUUAGACUUUGAAAAAUCGAGAAAUUUACGAUAAACUUGCGGUGUACCACUUAAAACUAUCGGUAAUGCUCCACGAGUGCUGAUGUAUAUACCGAAGGUAUGACGAUGUUCAUGUUAUUAAACCAUCCAGAUCCAUUUUGGGGUAUAUUUUCGGUAUACUUUUAUUCCCUGACCCCAAUUAGUCCAUGUCUAAAUAAAAAGGCAGAAUGAAGUUUUACGAAUGCAUCUCAAAGUCAGAAGAUUCAUUUUCCUUCACUACUGUGUUUUUAUAGGUUGCAAGACGAGAGCUCAUGCAGGAGUGCGACUACGAAAGAGAAGCGCGAGCGAUGCGCAAAUUCCGGCAAUUAGUCGCUGGGUGGGAUGAUAUCUAUGUCCCCGAAGUGGUUGCCUUUUCAGUCCUUGAAAUUUUCGAUUAUUGCAGGUCAUAGACAGACUUUCGUCCAAAACUGUCCUCACAGGCGAGUUAGUCGUCGGAAAGCCCGUAGACGCUUGCGUCAACGAACCGCAGGUCGUGCGCGACUACAUCGCCGGCAAAUUCAUUGAACUCUGUCUCAAAGAGGUUUAGCAACUUAUUUUGCUUUAUUUCUCAAAACGGAAAAAAGAACAGUUUUUUUUCUUUUUUGAAGUCUUGAGUCUUUACGAGAAGAAAUAAAAUUUGAGAUUAGUUCAAUUUCUCAGCUUCUUAGAAUUCUCAAGAAAAACCUUGGGAAAAGUCUUAGAAUGCUCAAGAAAAACUUUGGAAAAAAUUUAAUUAAGUCUCCGUGUCAAUUUAGAAGUCUCUGGAAAUCCAGAUCGAUGAACUGGAGUUGAUGUUUUUGGGCCGCGUUCUUGAACGCUUAAUGAUUAAAACUGUAAAGCCGCAAAUGAGACAUUUUUUGGAAUCACUGUUCAAAAUAAGAUUUAUGAACAAGUUUGAUGACUUUGAUUAUAACGUUAAUUGAUAUUUCGACUUCAGAUCUUCGAAUGGCGUUUCAUGCAAACAGACCCCAAUUGGUCCAAUUUCUUUCUGGGAAAGCAUCCAACAACAGGUUUUUUUUUCAGAUUCUCUCGAUUCAUUUCUUAUACACUGCGUUCAAUAAGGAUAGGACCCCCCUCGAUUUUUGACUUUCUGGCAAAAUACAGAAAGAUAUCAAAAAUCUGUGAGUGCCAUUCGAUUCAGAGUACAAAAUAACCCCCAGAGCCAAACUUUCAUUAUCUUAGCACUUUUCCUACGAAAAUGCCAUCGAAAAAACGGUUUUUUGACCGUUCAAUAAGGAUAGGACCACCUGGAAAUUUUGACUUUCAUUGGUAGUUUUUGGUCAAUUUCUCUUUUUGAUGAGUGGUUUUUUUGUUCUCAUUUUAUUUGUUUUCAAUUUUUCUACGGUUUUCUUUUCAUAUCUUCCAGGUUUAAAAAAUAUUUUAUAUCGAAAAUAGGGAAAAAUGACGUUUUUUGAGUUUGCAUCAAAAUAUUUGAGCGAGUGAUUUUUUCCAGUACUUUGAAUGAACUUAUCUUAUUAAUAGAGACAUUUUAACAUUCAAAAAAACAAAAAGAAGUUUGAAAAAAACAUUGGUUUAAAAAGUUAGAAAACCAGUUAGAAGAUGGUGUAUCAUGACCGAAUUUCAGACUGUCGUCGUUUUCGACCGUUUUUUUCUGUAUGUAGUCGGAAUGGCGGUGUACUUUUUUUAAAGGAUUUGUGAAGGUGCUCCCAUCACAAAAAGACAUUUAGUUGGAUUGGAUAAAAAAUAUCGAUCUUCGGAAAUCGGAGGGAUAAACACCCUUCCGACUGCUACUCGAACUUUUUGCGGUACAUGUAAAUAAAUCAUAUAAAAAGUUUUAAUUCUAAUGAAAAUCGUUUCAUUGCACGUUUUUAUUUUUGUUUUAUUUAGUUGAGAAACUAAAAACCCGCCAAACGCUCUGUUUGAAACAAUACCUUCGAUGAGCGCGGGUAACAAUUUCUCUGCACAUUUUCUCGGCAUGGUACGUAGUAAAUGAAAUUUUUUUAGAUUAUCUUGUUGAUGAAUUAUGUUCAUAGCACCUUCGCGAGUUCUCAAAAAAAAAGUACACCGCCAUUCCGACUACGUACAGAAAGAAAAACGGUCGAAAACGACGACAGUCUGAAAUUCGGUCAUGAUACACCAUCUUGUAACUGGUUUUCUAACUUUUAAACUAAUGUUUCUCAAACUUCUUUUUGUUUUUUUGAAUGUUAAAAUGUCUCUUUUAUUAGGAUAAGUUCAUUCAAAGUACUGGAAAAAAAUCACUCGCUCAAAUAUUUUUGAUGCAAGCUCAAAAAAACGUCAUUUUUUUCCCUAUUUUCGAUAUAAAAAUAUUUUUUUAAACCUUGAAGAUACGAAAGGAAAACCGUAGAAAACUUGGAAACAAAUAAUAUAAAAACAAAAAAACCACUCAUCCAAAAAAGAAAUUGACCAAAAACUACCAAUGAAAGUCAAAAUUUCCAGGUGGUCCUAUCCUUAUUGAACGGUCAAAAAACCGUUUUUUCGAUGGCAUUUUCGUAGGAAAAGUGCUAGGAUAAUGAAAGUUUGGCUCUGUGGGUUAUUUUGUACUCUGAUUCGAAUGGCACUUACAGAUUUUUGAUAUCUUUCCGUAUUUUACCAGAAAGUCCAAAAUCGAGGGGGGUCCUAUCCUUAUUGAACGCAGUGUAUAACAAUAAGAGUUUGCGUCCGAGAUUAAUUCUCAGGCGAACCGCGGCUGGUCCUUCUGGAUUUCGGCGCGUCGCGAUCCUAUCCGAAGCUAUUCGUCGACAAGUACAUGAAGAUCAUCAGAGCUGCGUACGACGGCAACCGAGAUCAGAUCAUCCAGUAGGAGAGAGAAAGAGGAAUAUCGUUUUCUGAGAGGUUUCAGGUACUCGAGAGACAUCGGCUUUCUGACUGGGUACGAGAGCGGCGUGAUGGAGGACGCGCACGUCGAGUCGGUGCUCAUCAUGGGCGAGACGCUCGCCAGCCACCGUCCUUACGACUUUUCCCACCAGGACGUCACCAAACGUGUCCAGAAACUCAUCCCCGUCAUGCUGGAGCAUAGGUUUUCUUCAUUUAUUUUCAAGAAAUUAUUAAAAAAAUGAAUCAAAAAGAAUAAAUAUGAAAAUAAUUUUUUUCUUUCUUUUUCAAAAAAAUUGAGAAUAACAAGCUAUGGAGUUUAAUGAAGCAUUAACUUCGAAAGGAAACCAAUUAUAAUUUAUAUUUUCCUAAAUUUUUUUCUUCUCAAUUUCCAUCUCAGAUAAAAAAAUAAGAAGUUCGUGGCCGUUUCUAGAAGCACAAAAAAAUCAAUAGGGAAAAUGAACAGUUUUUGAAAAUUUUCUGUGCGUUUUUUUUGCGAUUUUUUGUAGUUAUACGAAUACUUUAUUCAUUUUACUUGUAAAUUAAAAUUUUCUGGUAAGAUUCUAAGCUACAACAGAAAAAAGAAAAUAAAAUGAAAUGAGGUUGGACAGAAACGGUUCAAAAAGGUGUUUGGUCAAACUUCACCAAGUCUGAUCAGUUUAAUUUGAAGUUUCGAGUAACAAAGCUUUCUUUUAAAUUAAAAAUCACCGAAGAAGAAAUGGAAUAUGAAUUUAUUUGAACUUUUAUCGACUUUGAUAAUUUGAUGACUUCGUUCAGAUUGACGUCUCCCCCUGAAGAGAUCUACUCGCUGCACAGAAAGCUCUCCGGCUGUUACCUCCUUGCUGCCAAACUCAAAGCGACCGUUUCUUGCGGGGGCCUUUUUUCUGAGAUCUACGAUAACUAUAAAUUCGGGGAAGAUGGAAGAGAUAUUGACAUUGAAACGCCCCCAUCUGUGUAGAUGUCUUUUAAAGUUUUCAUUUCUCCUUUAAAAGUUUGAUAGCUGUUAGAUUUAUUAGACGGAUUGAUUAGAUAGAUAAGAUUGAAAGUUAUAGGUAUUCAUUGCCAAAUUUCUUUGCCGAAAGUGCCUAGUGAAAAAAUUAUUCUCCGACUCUAUUUUCCAGUUUUUUUUGUAAAAUAUGUAAUAAAUUUUUCAGAUUGACCUUGGAUUUCAUUUGAUAAAUUGUUACUGAAGCUACCGUAUUUAUAAGUAUGCGUAUAAUCCUUCAAUAAUCAAAGUCAUAAAGUGUGGAACUUCUUCAGAUUACUUCCAAAAAAUUUCCUAGGAAACUAUGUUGCCAGAUUUGUCUCCUCAUUUGCACACUCGAGAGUGUAAUAUUCUGAUUGAAUUCUUGCAAAGGUGCCACAAAGAGAAACCGAUCGGUAGGACUCGAACGAAACUAUUCUUUAAUUUGAAAAUGCACGUUGCAGGGAAGCUUUUUGGCCAGUGCUCAUACUGGGAUGAGGCUGUGUGGCAGUGCACAAAGAAGGAACGGAUAUGGCGCAGGUUUCCAUCAAAGUUUACAUGUCCUUCUUUGUUAAAGUAGAAAUGUUUUGCAAAGUUUUUUUUUAAUGAUAGACGGUAUCCGCUUUGCAAAGCUUUGCCAUUGGUUCAAGUUUCGAACUUCUCUAUGCGUGCUCACAUAAGAAAAUCUUACUCGCACGAUUCACGUCUUUUUAUAACUUCUAAUAGAUUUAUUACAGAGACAAUAAUCCCCAAUACAAACGUCGCGUCUUAGAACUUCGGAACUUACCCGAGGAAUACUGGACGCCAGCACUGAAGAAGUUGCAGGAAGAAGGCCAUCUUUUGCCAGAAACUCGGAGCAAUUGUAAAAUAUAG